CCGGGAUACAACACGAUCAGCGCUGACACAACGCCAGUAGCCGACAUGGCGGACCAUCGCAGGCAGUGAGAUUUGAUCAGUACAUUCCUGACCGGUCUCCGAAGGAAAUCCAUGACAAUGAACAAGAACCAAGUCAAACAGAAAGUAGGAAUCACCCUUCCCCAAGCAUGCGAACAGGGGAAGCUGGACACUAUCAGAGUCAUACUGACACAAACCCCAGAGGAACUGCAUGUCAAGGGGAAGAUGGGAAGAACCCCUGUCAUGGUUGCUGCAGUCACAGGACAAAAGGAUGCCUUGACGCUUCUCAUCAGGCAAGGGAGUGACCUGUCGCUUGUUGAUGAUGAUGGCGAAAACAUACUUCAUUUGGCUUGUACGGGCGGUAACGCGGAAGUCGUCAAGAUCAUCCUGGUGCAGAAAGCAGUUGCCAUCGACAGCAGAGGGAAGUAUGGACGAACUCCUUUGAUGAUAGCUGCUUACUAUGGACACCAAGCGGUUUAUGAUUUGCUGGAGAGUAGGAAAUGUGCCAUGAAACUCUUGGACGAUCACGACGACAACAUUCUACACAUAGCUUGUCUUGGUGGCAAGAUUGACAUGGUGAGACACAUUCUGUCUCAAAGGAUAAUUGGCAUUGAGAGCAGAGGGCAGUUUGGGCAGACCGCGUUAACGAAGGCAGCAAGGAUGGGCCACGCUGAGGUGUUUGAUUUACUGAUUGAAAAUGGAAGCAAUUUUUCCAUAGUGGAUUAUGGUGGUGAUAACAUUCUUCACGUCGCCUGCCUCAGUGGUAAUGUUGAUCUUGUGACGUCUCUCCUGCUCUCUAAAAGAAUACUGGACCUGGAGUGUCGCGGUCAGUAUGGAAGGACCCCACUGAUGAAAGCAGCUGAGAAAGGACAUCGUGGUAUCUAUGACUUGCUGGUCAGCAAGGGUUGUAAUCUGUCCGUACUCGAUGAUGAUGGUAACAACAUACUCCAUGUCGCCUGCUGUGGGGGUGAUGUGCACAUGGUGAAACAUGUACUAUGCAAUAAACAGUUUGGUGCCGAGGAUCGAGGCAAAUUUGGAAGGACACCACUCAUGAUGGCAGCUGAAAAGGGGCAAAUCCGGGUCUUUGAUUCCCUCAUCAACAGAGCUUGUGACAUCAAGGCUUUGGACUUUCAAGGAUACAACGUCCUCCACGUUGCAUGUUUUGGUGGGGACAUUGAUAUGGUGAGUCAUGUUCUUACCAAAACAAAACUGGACAUCGAAAGCAAGGGACAAUAUGGCAGAACACCGUUAAUGGUUGCAGCAAACAAGGGACACAAGAGACUCUUUGAAUUUCUUGUCAGCAUGGGCUGUGACGUGGCAGCAGUGGAUGAGGACACCAAUAAUAUUCUCCAUGUAGCUUGUCAAGGAGGCAGUUUGGGCAUGGUGAAGUACAUAAUCUCUCAGAAGAUAUUUCCUGCAGAGGUGAAGGGGAAGCUAGGACGCACGCCAGUCAUGCAUGCCGCAUAUUUUGGUCAGAACGAAGUCUUUGACUAUUUGGUGAGCAAAGGGUGCAGUUUGUCAGUGAUUGAUAGUGAUGGAGACACAAUUCUACACAUGACCUGCUAUGGCGGAAAUCAGGAACUAGUUGAAGCUGUUCUCUCGAAAGGGUUGGUUGGUAUUGAAACCAAGGGCAAGUAUGGCAGAACACCCGUCAUGACUGCAGCCGAUUUUGGUCACAUGAAUAUCUUUGAUUUUCUGGUCAGCAAGGGGUGUGAUCUCUCUGUAGUGGACGCCAAUGGUGACAAUAUCCUCCAUGUUGCCUGCUACUGUGGCAAUGUGGAUAUGGUCAUGCAUCUAAUAUCCCAAAAGGUCUGUGGCAUCGAAUCCAGAGGAAAAUAUGGAAGGACUCCUAUUAUGCAAGCAGCAUUCUUUGGUCGCAUCGAUGUGUUCGAGUUGCUUCUCAAUGAAGGGGCUGAUUUAUCAGUCGCUGAUGAUGACGGAGAUAAUAUUCUUCAUGUUGCAUGUCUUGGAGGCAAUGUUACCAUGGUGAAGGUGAUCGUCUCAAAGGAUGUUCUUCCCCUAGAAAGCAGGGGGAAAUAUGGAAGAACUGGAGUCAUGCAUGCUGCAAACAAAGGACAUAGGGACGUGUUGGACCUGCUGGUUACGAAUGGGUGUGAUCUUUCUGUGAUGGAUAGCAAUAAAGACAAUGUUCUCCACCUAGCAACCAAAGGUGGGAGUGUGGACACAUUGCACUACAUCCUUUCACAGAAGGUAUUGGACAUUGACGCCAAGGGCCAGUAUGGCCAAACAGCUUUGAUAAAGGCAGCACGAACAUCUCACACGAGCGUAGUGGACUUACUCUUGUCUGAAGGGAGUUCAAAGCUUGCUGUGGAUAAUUACAACGACAACAUCCUCCACGUUGCCUGUCUUGGGGGAAACCUGAACAUGGUGACCCACAUCGUGUCUCUGAAGAUAGUUGACCUCGCAAGUCGAGGGAAACAUGGAAGAACAGGAUUAAUUAUUUCGGCACAGAAGGGACACAUACCUGUCUUUGACUUCCUUGUGAGUGAAGGAAGUGAUGUGAAGACCGUAGAUGAUCACGGUGACAACGUCCUUCACCAGGCAUGUUUCCAUGGCAACGAAGACAUGGUCAACCACAUUGUCGCUCUGGACAUCAUCAGUGUAGAGAGCAAGGGCUGGUAUGGCCAAACACCAGUGAUGAAGGCAGCAAGUGCCGGUCACAGACACAUCUUCGAUUUACUUGUGAGCAAGGGCUGCAACACUUCCUUUGUGAAUGCUGACGGUGAUAAUGUACUUCACGUUGCUUGUCAGGGUGGUAAUUUGGACAUGGUGAACCAUAUCAUUGCCUCAAAAAUAGGGGGGAUAGAAAGUAAGGGAAAGUAUGGCCAGACUCCUGUCAUGAAAGCAGUUAGUAUGGGGCACAAAGGCGUGUUUGUCCUUCUUGUGAGCAAGGAGUGUGACAUGACAGCAGUUGACGAUGACGGUGACAACAUUUUCCAUGUAGCCUGUUAUGGAGGUAACAUAGACAUUGUCAAGUACCUCGUCACGCUUCAGGGCGUCGUGGAUAUCCAUAAGAAAAACAAAGCUGGAAAAACACCGUUACAAGUUGCUGAAACGUGUGGGUACAAGUCAAUAGUUGAGAUCCUCAACGAAGAAUCCUCUUAGCUAUUCCUUGAUGUGACUCCACACCUCCAUGACUAACCCCUUGGGAUUUCUGGGUUCGAAUUGGCCCACAGCAACCUAUGCUUAACGUAAGAGGCGACAAAAUGGAUCCGGUGGUCAGGCUCGGUGAUUUGGUUUAUAAGGUGUCCUUGUACCGUGACUGCGUGGGUCGUGUCUCACAAUAUCGUUCACAGUGAUGUCGAUUAUUUACAAGCUGUCGUCAUGGCUCAGUGAGGCGUUACACAACAAACAAACCAACAAUGUUAAACCAUAUCAUUGCCUCGAAAAUAGGGAAAUAGAAAGCAAGGGAAAAUAUGACCAGACCCCUGUAAUGACGGCAGUUUGUAUGGGACACAAGGGAGUGCUUGUCCUUCUUCAAGCAGUGUAUUCAUAUGCUUCGGGGGAAUUUCAUUUUGCAAUUGGAUGAGUGCUUGAUUGGUUUUAGUACUAGUGAAAAUGUUUUCUUUUCAUCCAUGUCAGUUAAUUCAGACCGUCUGGAAUUUUGCACUGGCAAAGCUUAAACAGUUGUAGGACAUUAAUUCUCUUAUAUCAAAAUUAGUCUCAUUUUAUUUAACUUAGUAAUCUCGAAUGUAGUUUCAAACCGGUACAUAAUAAUAACAUCCUCCGCUUUCGUUUAUGAUUUACAUUGACUGUAAACGUGCAAGCUGUUUAUACAAUUUUGGGUAGGCUGAUCAUGUAGGUAUUUCUUUCCUUACAUUCUAUAUCAUACUCAAAAAUAACAUGUAGGACACUAGUCACACAACGUGCAAGCAAUUUAUGCAUUCUGGAUAGGUUGCAUCAUGUAGGUUUUUGUUUCCUUACAUUCUAUAUCAUACUCAAAAAUAACAUGUAGGACACUAGUCACACAACGCGUCCAGAGUAGCUGGUAGUGAUCUUGAAACUGCAUGGCAUACAAUGCAAUACAAGUUGUUCGGUGAAGAAAGGCAUCGUUGAAAGAUAUGGCAAAAACAGAUGGUCACAGCUAGGAUGAAAGCUGCUUAUUGUUUCACGGUUACAGAUUGUACAUCCUGGACAUUAUUUUGAAAGGGGGGGGGGGUAUUGCGUUUGUUUUCACGCAACUAGAUCGUUAUUACAGUCACAUAGCGGUAUGUCGGCAUGCGCUGGGACGACGCUCAAAGUAAGGCAGGUCAUAGAGGUCUUUGGGGCAGCCCAAGAGCAAGGGAAUAGUUGUGACAAACCAAAGAUCAUAAUCAGAGGGAUUCGUACACACGUGCAUUCAUUCAGGCACUACCAGUCCACACAACUUUUUGACGACUGGUUACCAUACCGUGCCCCCAAGGCAGUCUCCUCAAUCUAUUGCUAAAUUUACCACAAAUAUACAGAGCUUAGAUGGUCAGUAUGGACGAUGAAUAUAAUUCUUUCUUCCCUUGUAAUUCAGGUGAUAUCAGCGAAAUAAAAG